CCUUCUCUCGCGCCCUCUCUCAUUGAUCCUGAAUUAUUAUCAUACAUACAGCUCAGAAAAAAGACUAAUAAAUAUGACCGACCACCCUCCAAACCCUCACCGCACCGACCAGGGCGACAGCAGCCCAGCUCCUGCAUCUCCGCAACAUGACAAGGAGCCUACGGAGGUCGCGCCAGAGACAGCAGAGAAAGAUAACAAGGAAGAAGAACAAGCGGACACAGGCGAUGUAACGAAUGGAAAGGAGGAAGUGGCGGAAGAAGAAUUAGACGAGGAAGGGGAGGCCGAGGAAGGAGAAACAAAAGGAGAAGAGGCUUCAGCUCCACCAUUGCCAGACGAAGUCCCCCCUCCUCUCCCCAGCGAGGCACCACCAGGGGAUGACGAUGGCUGGGAACCCGUCUGGGAUCCAAAUGCACAAGCCUACUACUUUUACAAUCGCUUCACAGGCGCCUCGCAAUGGGAGAACCCCCGCGUCCCCGAGGCCGCACUCGCGUCCGCACCGGACACGACUGGCGACCAAGAACAAGAGCAAGAGCAAGGGCAGCCCAAACCACCCGUCGCAGGCGGCUAUAAUCCCGCCAUCCACGGCGACUAUGACCCGACCGCCCCGUACGCGCAGCAGUAUGAACAGGAACGGAACCCAGAAGCUUCCCCGGCUGCGGGUGGCGUUCCCGGGAUGGCGCCUGGAUAUUCUUACGAGGCUACGGGGGCGUUCAACCGGUUCACGGGCCGGUGGCAGGCAGACUCGCUGCGGCCGGAGAACUACAGCGACGAGAAUAAGUCACAUCGGCAGAUGAACGCGUUCUUUGAUGUCGAUGCGGCGGCUAACACCCACGAUGGGAGAAGUCUCCGGGCGGAGCGGAGUGCUAAAAAGCUGAGCAAGAAGGAACUCAAGGCAUUCAAGGAUAAGCGGAGGGAAAAGAAGGAAGAGAAACGGCGGGCUUGGUUGCGGGAUUAGUAUGGGUUGGUUUUGUAUUGGUUUUUCGCAUACGGAGUGAUACCUUGGUGGCGUUUUGUUGAAAUUGUUCCGGGCUGUUGCAUAUCAUAUUAGAGCAUAACUUUUUCUUCAAUGAAUGUAUAUUAUUAAAAGGCAUUGUCCAGCU